AUGGGGCACAUGGGAGGCCUCUGGGUGCUGGGUUUGCUCUUCUUGAUUGGUUCGACCCUAGGAGCACCCUCGGCUUCCCCAUGUCUAGGAGCCUGCAGUACCAGUGUCCCAGAAGGCCUCAUCUCUGCGGGAAGCCAGGCAGCCGUGGACCAGGAUAUCCCUGCGAUUAACCAAGGGCUUAUCCCAGAGGAAACCCCAGAUGCUAGCUUCUUGAUGGAGGGGGAUAUCAUCCGGCCGAACCCCUUCCGACUGUUAUCAGUGACCAACAAGAAGUGGCCCAAGAGUGCUGGUGGCAUCGUGGAGGUCCCCUUCCUACUCUCCAGCAAGUAUGAUGAGCCCAGCCGCCAGGCCAUCCUGCAGGCCUUUGCAGAGUUUGAACAUUCCACGUGCAUCCGGUUUGUUGCCUACCAGGGCCAAAAAGACUUCAUUUCCAUCAUCCCUAUGUCGGGGUGCUUCUCUGGGAUAGGGCGCAGUGGAGGGAUGCAGGUGGUGUCCCUGGCACCAGCCUGUCUCCAGAAGGGCCAUGGCAUUGUCCUUCAUGAGCUCAUGCAUGUGCUGGGCUUCUGGCAUGAGCAUACACGGGCUGACCGAGACCGCUACAUCCGGGUCAACUGGAAUGAGAUCCUCCCGGGCUUUGAAAUCAAUUUCAUCAAGUCUCAGAGCAGCAACAUGCUGGCCCCUUACGACUACUCAUCAGUGAUGCACUAUGGGAGGUUGGCCUUCAGCUGGCACAGGCAGCCCACCAUCAUACCGCUCUGGGCCCCCAGUGCCCACAUCGGCCAGAGAUGGAACCUGAGUGCCUCGGAUAUCAGCAGGGUCCGCAAGCUCUAUGACUGCAGCCCAACAGGUCCUGACUCCUUUGGGAACGGGCUCCAUGUACCCAGUGUUGGUAGGAACCCCAAUUCAGCCUCCAGACCAUAUCUACAAAGACUCCUGGAGGCACUACGGGUGGAAUCUGGGAACCCUGACCUUGGUGGCUUCGGGGCUGGAGGCCAGCAUGUUGCUGAAGGGUCUGUAGAGAGCUCACCGUUGCAGUCCGCAGCCAAAUGGAUCCUUACCGGUGCCCGAAGAUGCUCAGCGACCUCAUCUCCCAGCCACGCACCGACCUUUCUUCGCACAGCCAUAGAGAUCAAACCCUCCCCUUCGCCCCCCACCCCCCGCCACGCCGGCCCCCUCUGGUCUGGCUGCCGGGAGAAGCCGCCGCGGGCUGCAGGCAGGCUCGGCUCGGCGCGGCGCGGGAGCCUGCGCGCGGAGCGUCAGCUCUGCGCCUCCGCCAGGACCCGCCGCGCACCUCCAUCAACCCGGCCCGGGGCCCUGAACCCCACCGUGCGUCCGGGAGCCUCCUGGCACGACGGCGCUACUUUCCUCGGGUCGCGAGUGGGACUGGGACCGCGGCGGGACAACUUGGAAAACUUCUCUUGGACGGCCUGCGGGGACUGUGGGAUGGGGAUGUAG